GAGGGUCGCACUAAUGAACAGUAUAGUUCUCCUGGAAUUGGUGUGAGAUGAGGGCUGCUAUUCUACUGUGUGUCGCUCUGCUGAUUGCAUAUCAGACUGAAGCACGGUCCACGAUGAAGUGUCCACGGCUGUGGCCAUCGACUCAGACACGAUGCACAUACCGAUGCAGGACCCCCAUUACUUAUAGAGAAAAGGAAGACGACGGAUACCCGUGCCUGACCAAACGUUUGAGGCGAGGCAAAUGCCUUAAUGGGAAGUGCUUGUCGAGCAAAGCAUUUGAAGAAGCAGCGGCAACAACAAGAACAGCUACAACAACACCCGCAACAAUCACAGCUGAAUCAUGUGUUGGGCAGCGUUCUGCAUCUGAGCCUUCGCCGCCAGACAGUCCGCUGGAGUUUACCUUCGCCGGCAUGUCCUACGCUAUUCAGGACGAUGACUUCCUCAGUUACUUCGACCUACUUCCUCGCAAGUCGGAAGAGCAAUCCCAUCUUGCCGGCAACAUACCCAUAUUCCACCUCCCAGACUCAGUCAGUAGUACAACGGCUGAGCGCAGGAGACCGGGCCCCAGUUAG